AUGUCACAGCUGUUAUGCAUUCCAUUCAAGAGAAGUCUGAACGUAGACUUGAAGAGUGAGCUCUCAAAGGUAAUCGAUGGUACUUUUUAUCAAGUAGCCUCAGUGUUCAGUGAUGACAUGGCAAUAAUUGCAAAACUCAGAGAGUCAGCUUUAGAAGCAGAAGUCUCUCUUAGCGGCCUUCAAAGAUUGAAGGACUACUAUAUCCAGUUUAGUCAGCUCAAGAAGAAGUUCCCUGAUCAUCAAUUAACCUUCAAAUGGUUCGAGACUUUGGGCUUGAAGUCUUAUGGUCGAGAAGACUCGCGGUUUCUCUUUGAAGAGCUGAACAUUAUUUACAAUAUCGGGGCUCUCUACUCGCUUUUAAGUGCAGAUGUCAACAAUGGCACUCCUGAGGGCCUCAAAACAGCAUGUGUUUACUCUCGAAGCAGCGCGGGCUGUUUUGGAUUUAUUUGCAGUCAGUUAGAAGGAAUGCAAGAUCCUGUUAUGGAGCCCAAGUCCGUUAAAUGCCUGGAAUAUCUCAUGUUAGCCCAAGCUCAGGAAAUCUUUUGGUUCAAGGCUGUCAAAGACGGUCUCAAGGACAGUUUAAUAGCCAGACUGGCUCUUCAAGUGUCAGAAUAUUACGAUAUUGCCUUUAAAUGUGCUUCAACGAGUGAACUCAUAAGAUCAGAUUGGCAAAACCGAUUCAAAGAGAAAUUUCAAUACUUCAGGGCGGUUGCAAUGUAUAGGUACAGUUUGAGCUGUGAAGAUAAGACACAUUGUGGUCAUAAGGUAAAAGCACUAAGAGAUGCGAUGGACUUAAUACAACUCUCUACUCUUCAAGAAAACUCGACACGGUCCUUGCGGGAUAGAAUACAAGACAGCUUAAAGAGCGCAGAAAGAGAUAACGACUUGAUAUACCUGCAAGCAAUUCCUGCCUCCACCUCCAAUCUUAAGCCAGCUCCAAUGGCUAGCCCCAUUUAUUUUGAAGGACUUGAAGAUCCAUUGAACGCAUUGGUAGGAGUUUCGGGAGGCGGUACUCUCUUCAAAGAUUUAUUGCCAAGUUCUGUAAUGGAGAGCUCAAAUGCAUUUAACCAACGUCAGGAACUGUACAUCCAGGAGCACAUUGUUGAUCCACUUGAUGCUUUGAAUAGAAUUCUUAACGAUAGCUUACCAAAGAAUGAUAUAACUGGUAAUCUUCACCCCAUCAGCUCGGAAGAGCUUGACACUUGCCAACUUUCAAUGAAAGAGGGGAAGCUCAACUCUCAACAAAUUAGUAAUGUGUUGAAGCAAGCUUCUGAGCUUUUGGCACAGGAAAGCGACACUGAUCAACUAUUGAGAUCUAAAUACGGUACGCUGAAAUGGACUAUGCUACCUUCCGAGAAGGUCAACAGCGAAUACUGGUCUAGAUAUGCUAAAAUUCAGUCAUAUUUAAAAAUGGGUGAAUCGAUUGAUGAAGAGACUACGCAAUUAUUUGACUCUAUUGAUAAAAAUCUCUUGACAGCUCCGAUCAAACUGCCUGAGUCCAACAAUCCAUUACUAAAAGAAGUUUCAGCUGCGUUCAGGCGGCGUGAAAGCAUCAUUGCAACAACUAGGAAGAAGGCAAAUGAUAGCGUCCUCUUGCCAAAAAUCAUUUCUGCGUAUAAGCGCACUGGCCAAUUGGACUUCGAAGAUCUAUUCGCUGACCACUUGAAAAUGUUUAGUGAUGACCUGGGCCAGAUAGAAAAUGAAAAGAGGUCCAACAAAGAGAUUUUGGGCCUUUUAAAAAUAGAAAGCCAUAAUAACACGAAAGUACAACGUUUGGACGUAAGAGAUUUGUUUGUACAGGAUUUCAGGCACUCUCUGAAACUUUUAGAGAGCGUCAAAGAAAACGUCAAGGGUGGGUCUAAAUUUUAUCAGGAUCUCGUCAGCUCUGUGAGCUCAUUGCUAAAUGAUGUCCGUCUCUUUGAAGCGCAGAGGAGAGAAGAAAAGAGAAAAUCCGAGGAGAUUAUUAAUAAGUUAUAG